AUGGGAUACGGAACUGCCGCCAUAAGACAUAUCAACGGAUCAUACGAGACUGUAGCCAAAAUUUCGGGGUCAGAGCAGUAUACGUCUCUCAUGCAAGAGCUCACUCAUCCCGCAAACUUUACUCCAGACGGUAAGCGGAUCCCAUCGGAAGUAUCGUCGUGGAAAGAUUUUGCGCUGUGGAGAAGCAAACGACGUAUUAAGAAGAUGCUUGGUCAGCCAGCAACGACACAAACCGCCACCCUCUCGACCAUGGUUUCCAAGCUUCACAAAGCUGCUGAAAUCCAACUGGGCUCUCGAAUCAAAGCCGCGGCACUGAGUCAGCCUGACGCUGUAACAAUCACACUAGAAGAAGUCGACAACGUGUUCGACUAUUUCGGUAUCGAGGACCUGAUGUUGGAUAAUCGGGAUCCGCUUUUCGAUCAGCUCUUCGCUACCUCAGCAGCUUACGCCGGGUACGGGAAAGGUCUUUGUCGGAACUAUACCAAUCUCUAUGGAUGCGGGACAGAAGAGUACUUUUUGGCUUCGAAAUGGACGCUGUUUCUUGAUUAUACUGAGAGUAGUCUGGAUGGAGCGCUUCGAUCUGUUCAGUCGGCGCGGAUGUCUAGGGCAUGGGACACGUUCGUUGAGCCGGAGCUUGGGCUGCGACGGCUCUCGAUGUAUGAGGAUGAAGAUGCGUAUUGGGCGAAAGUGGAGGAUCGCAUUCGUGAGUUUGUUGGGUCUGUGCGGAGACCGGUUGAAGAUUUGGUGUUGACGGGUGAGUCUGCUUCGGAUCCACGCUUUCUCGAAGCAUUACGCCAUGCUUUUGCAAGAUCAUCGACUGGACAAGAAACGCUGGAGGCGCUUGAGAUGCUCAUCCAAGCAGAUGAUGGACCCGAUUUCCUCUAUGCUACUGCGAAAGGAGCGGCGGAAUUUGCGAAGCGGAGGCAAGAAGGCAUGGCUCGGUGUCUAUUGCCUGAAAAAUGUAGAAGGCGGGAAGAUCAGUCGGAGAACGAGAUUGGGAGAUCUGAAGAACUUUAAUC